CCAACUUGCUUGGUCACAUUGCUUCGGGAACUGUCAUUUAACGCCGGUAAAACGAUUUAAUAUUUUAUGGAACCUUCAGUUAAAAAAGCUAAAAUGACGAACCCCAAGUUCAAGCAAAACAAGAAGAAGUAUUUCCAUGCCAAGCGUCAGGUGCUCCAGCCGGGCCAGCGCGGCUUCUUCGCCACGUGCAAUAUCAACGAGAAGGCAUGCGUGCGCGAGUGCUACAAUCUGUUGAAUCACUACGCAGAUUUGCUGUACGGCCCGGAAAAGCCAGAGGAGCCGGAAAAGAAGCCGGAUGAUGACCAGAAGGAGGCAGAAAAACCGGCUGGUGGAGCUGCAGCCGAUGAUGACGACGACGAUCUGGAGGCAGCGGCAGCCAAAUGCCGCGAGACUCUUUCGCAGCGCAAGGUGCGCUUCCAGAACAUGGACACCGGCACCACCAACUGUGUGUUCAUUCGCACACUGCUCGACGAUCCCGUGGAGCUAGGAAAGUACAUUAUCAACGACAUACAAACCACCGGCAAAUCGCAGUCCCGCUUUGUCCUGCGCCUGGUGCCCAUCGAAGCCGUUUGCCGUGCCAAUAUGCCGGACAUUAUCAAUGCGGCUGGGACUCUCUUUGACAAGCACUUCCUUAAGGAACCCACUAGCUAUGGGAUCAUCUUUAAUCAUCGCUACAACCAGCAAAUCAAACGGGAUGAGGUUAUCCACCAGCUGGCCGAUCUGGUCAACUCCAAGAACAUUGGUAACAAAGUGGACCUUAAGGAGGCUAAGAAAUCAAUCAUAGUAGAGGUGCUACGUGGAUAUUGUCUGCUCAGCGUCAUUGACAACUAUUUGGAGAGCAAAAAGUACAAUCUGGCAGAGUUGGCAAAUCCCAGCGAGAAGAAAUCGAAUAAUGGCGGGGAUUCCAAAUCGGAGAAGUCUUUGGAUGAUGAUAAGAAGUCUUCCAAUGAUGGUGAAGAGAAAGAGAAACCCAAAGACAAGGAUCAGGGAAAGACUGAGAACCCUUUAGAGGACUCCAAAGAAGAGAAGUCGGAGUCGGAGGAGGCAUAAGACAAUGAGCAGACUUUGGUGGACAUCAAAGCCAAGAUGUUCCAGGAGAAAGAAGACAGAAUAAGCAGUCCCUGACGAGGCAGUCUGCUGUGCAGACUAUCAUGAAUAAAACGCUCCAGUUAUUAUCUUUUAAU